AUGGACAAGGACAAGAUCGUCGAGGAAAUCAAUGUCCAGAAGGACGCAGGCUUCCACGCGGCCCUUCAGGACGCAGUCUACAAUCUCUCACUGCACGACGUCAACCCAGUGAAUGUCCAGGUGAGAAACCUGUCUCUCCAUCUCGAUACUUCCCCUCCGAUAUGGGAAUCAUCGCCAUCACAGUUUUGGCGUCGUCUACGGGGUCAGAAAAUCGAAGGCAUCUCGAAGACGGUGCUCGAUGGAGUCGACGCAAACAUGCCGAGUGGCAGCUUGACUGCUAUCAUUGGUAGUAGUGGAUCGGGCAAAACAUCACUGCUCAAUCUUAUGGCCGGUCGCAUGUCACUUUCUCGAGCUACCGUAGAGGGAAAUACUACCUUCAAUAAAAACGCCGAUAUCCAAAGCAUCCGCAGUGCCUACGUGAUGCAAGAGGACAUUCUCGUUCCAACUUUGACUGUUCGUGAGACUCUGCGGUAUUCGGCUGAUCUUCGACUGCCACCUCCAACCACUCAGGAAGAGCGAUAUGCCAUCGUGGAGCAGGUUAUCCUUGAGCUGGGCCUUAAAGAUUGUGCUGAUACGCGUAUUGGGACGACAGCCCACAAGGGGUGCAGUGGUGGUGAGAAGAGACGCACAAGUAUUGGUGUGCAGUUGCUGGCCAAUCCCUCUGUUUUGUUCUGCGAUGAGCCUACGACAGGCUUGGAUGCCACCAGUGCUUUUCAGAUUAUUCGCACCUUGAAUCGGCUUGCUCGAGAUGGUCGCACGGUGAUCGUCUCCAUUCACGCACCUCGUUCGGAAAUUUGGAGCCUUUUCGACAAUGUUAUUCUCUUGGCUCGGGGAUCACCAUUGUACAGCGGAUCAGUGAGCGACUCAGUAGCGCACUUCGAACAAUGCGGCCAUAUUCUGCCCCCGUUUGUUAACCCUGCGGAGUUUUUGAUCGAUUUGGCGGCUAUCGAUAAUCGCACUGAAACUCUGGAAGCAGCAUCUUAUGUCCGGGUGGACAAUCUUCGACAGGCGUGGCAAUCGCGACCGUUUACAGAGACCGAGGAGAAGCAAACUCCUCUGGCACCCGUAUCGGUUGGAGGUGAAAUAGGAGCAAUGAAGAAGGUCUCUUUUCGUCGACAAGUGCGCGUCCUGACAUCACGAACAUUCAAGACAACUCUUCGCGACCCGAUGGGUGUCGCUGGCAGCCUGCUCGAGGCUAUUGGUAUGGCGGUGAUCAAUGGCUGGAUCUUCCUACAGCUUGAUGAAAGCCUGGCAGGGAUCCGCUCUCGAGAAGGCAGCCUGUACACAGCCAGCAGCCUAAACGGCUAUCUCAUUCUGCUGUAUGAGACUUACAGAUUGACCAUCGACAUCCGUCUCUUUGAUCGCGAGCGCAAUGAAGGCGUGGUCGGCGUUCCAGCCUUUCUCAUCAGCCGUCGAAUCGCACGAUUCCCACUUGAAGACCUCCCGGUGCCGCUACUUUUUUCGGUCAUCUUCUACUUCAUGGUUGGCUAUCGCCUUGAUGCAGCACAAUUCUUCAUUUUCUUUGCCUUGACCGUGCUCACGCACUACAUCGCCGUUACCUUUGCUGCAGUAUCAAUUGGCGUCUCAAGAAAUUUCCCUGGUGCCAGUCUGGUUGGCAAUUUGUCCUUCACCUUGCAGUCGUUUGCAUGCGGGUAUUUUGUUCAAGGAAAUCAGAUUCCCGUCUAUGUGCGGUGGCUCAAAUGGUGCGCCUAUACGUUCUAUAUAUUCGGAGCCCUGUGUGCGAACGAGUUUAUUGGGCCGAACGGCUCUGAACUUGGUCAAUUUUAUGCCUGUCCAUACUCUGACAAUCCGCUCGAUCCGGCUUGCAAGGAAUAUACUGGACGAUACAUCAUGCAGAGCUUGGGAAUGCCAUCGAAUUGGAUUUGGCGGCCUAUCAUUGUGCUGGUAGCAUUUAUGCUCGCCCACUAUUUUGUGGCCGGUCUGCUACUUCAGUACAAUCGUUAUGCCAUCGACAUUGCCCAAGCGCGAAAGUCAGAAGGCGAUCCUUCUGCAGGAAAAGCCAAGACAGCAGUUCGUCCUGCCGAAGACGUGCGACGAGUCGCCAUCUCGCUGGAUAAAUACGCCCUGGAGAUUCGAAAGAAACAGCUUCCGUGGCAACGCCCUCUCUCGCUUCAGAUAUUGCAUCCCAUCACGGCGGAAUUCCUUCCUGGAGAGCUUAAUAUCAUCAUGGGUCCAUCAGGAAGUGGCAAGACAUCGCUUUUAAACUCGAUUGCCCGCCGCCUGCAUGAUUCGGUGGGGACCCGUUACCGUUUAGACGGUCGGAUGCUGUACAACGGUGCAGUGCCAUCGGAAAAUGUGAUUCGGUCGGUGACCUCGUUCGUCACGCAGGACGACGAUGCCCUGAUGCCAUCACUAACGGUGAGGGAGAGUUUAAGAUUCGCCGCAGGGUUACGAUUGCCCACAUGGAUGUCUUCAGAGGAGAAAAACCGCCGGGCAGAAGAAAUCCUCUACAAGAUGGGUCUCAAAGAAUGUGCGGACAAUCUCAUCGGCAGCGAACUAAUCAAGGGUAUUAGUGGAGGCGAGAAGCGCAGAGUCACCAUCGCCAUUCAAAUCCUCACAGACCCCAGGGUAUUGUUGCUUGACGAGCCAACCUCGGGUCUUGAUGCUUUCACAGCGAUGUCAAUCAUCGAGGUCCUAAAGGGCCUGGCAGCCGAAGGCCGCACCCUGAUCAUGACCAUUCACCAGUCCCGUUCCGAUCUAUUCACCCAUUUCUCGCAAGUCCUGCUCUUAGCUCGCGGCGGAUAUCCUGUUUACGCAGGCGAUGGGCAACAAAUGCUUCCCCACUUCGCGGCUCUUGACCACGAGUGUCCGCAGACAACCAAUCCGGCAGACUUUGUUUUAGACCUGAUCACGGUUGAUCUGCAACAGGAAGAUCGAGAAGCCAUCACUCGAGAGCGUGUUCAACAUCUCAUAGCCAAUUGGUCAGAGUCCACUCCUGUUCUGGGACGCACCGCGUCUCGGAUUGCAACCCCUGCGGAGCUUGGUAGUCUUCGUCGCAAGAUGCUGCCAUUCGUGAUCACUUUCCCGAUCGUGCUCCGCCGGUCGUUUAUCAACUUCUGGCGUCAGCCACCGCUCGUAAUGGCGCGGUCGAUGCAAGUUUUGGGUAUCGGCAUCAUCAUGGCGCUGUUCUUUGCACCGCUGAAGAAUGAUUAUGCCGCUGUGCAGUCUCGCAUGGGAUUCGUCCAGGAAUUUGCCGCACUUUAUUUUGUAGGCAUGCUUCAAAACAUCGCUAUCUACCCCAAUGAGCGUGAUGUCUUCUACCGCGAAGAAGCAGACAAUUGCUAUUCCGCUGAGACAUUCAUGCUAUCUUACACGGCAAUCGAGAUUCCGUUCGAAAUCAUUUCAUCCCUCGUGUUCGGUGUGCUGGCCGCAUUUGCCGAUAAUAUGAAACGCACAGUGCAGAUGUUCCUCAUUAGUGCAUUCAACUGUUUCUGCAUCAUCAACUGCGGCGAGUCCGUGGGCAUCAUGUUCUGCACUCUGUUCUCGCACGUCGGCUUCGCCGUCAACAUCACCUCUGUUUUGCUAUCCAUCUCCACUAUCCUCGGUGGCGUGAUGAGUCUCAACGUCAACGACGUUUUACAAGGCAUCAACUACCUAUCGCCAAUCAAGUACGCGAUUGCCAACCUAGCGCACUACUCGAUGGAAGGUCAAAAAUUCACCUGCACGUCUGCCGAGCGACUCGCCAAUGGCCAAUGCCCCAUCAAUACUGGAGAGGAGGUACUUGCACUUUACAACCUCAAUAAAAACGGAGCAAUAAACAUCAUGGCACUGGGAGUCGCCACGAUCAUCUAUCGAUUCGUGGCAUACGCAUUGCUCAAGGCGAUGCGUUCUCAUCACAUGAUGGAGCGGUGGCGAGAAUGGCGGCGAUCUCGUCGGACAAGCUGA